ACGUUUCUUAGAAUAUUUAACUCGUCACGUCUGUGCUGCUCUCCUGGGUUGCUAGAAACAGUUGUGUUGCCCUGGCUUGGCGUAUAAAAUGUGUGCCCCCCCCAAAGCAAUUCAAGGCCCGUCCGUGUCUGGCGCCGGGUCUGGAUAGGUGUCUUCCACCCUGAAACGCCACAUGGUGGCGGUAACGCGUCCAGUAGCCGCAUCUCCAACCGACAGAAAACAUUGGAGAAGAAAAAGCCGUCACUCGCCUGAACAGCUUUAGCCCCUCGAUUUAUACAAAUAAAAGCACGUUAUUGUGUCUGGCUUUGACGAUUUAAAACCUUGUUCUGCUUUAAAACCCUGAGGUAGUCAUCGACUUACGACUGCGUUUGGUUACAAUUGACCGGUCGUAAACCAGUCUGGUCGUAAGUUGGCCUAUGUUAAAUGAACCUGUGUGAGGACAUGAAAACGGAGACAUCCAUACGUGGAGGGAUGUCAGAAGUCUGUGUGAAGAAAGAGGAGACACUGGAGCUGAAAAUCUACAACCAUGGAGACGACCUCGGUAACCCACCUGAAGUUCUCUCCAUUAAAGUGGAAGAUCCUGACAAUAAAGACUACCUCUAUACUCCUGUUCUCAUAGGAGUCCCUGACCGAACCAGACAAACUCUUCCUCCUGGGCUAGAAAUCAAGAAGUCCAGUAUUCCUGAUGCAGGACUGGGAGUGUUUAAUAAGGGGGAGACUGUUCCAGUAGGUACACACUUCGGACCCUACCAGGGAGAGCUGGUAACCAGAGAAGAAGCCAGGAAUAGUGGAUACGCCUCGCUUAUACACAAGAGCAUGCAGUGUGAAGAAUACAUCGAUGCCAAAAGAGAGAUGCAUGUGAAUUGGAUGAGAUAUGUGAAUUGUGCCCGUAAUGAUGAAGAACAGAAUCUUAUGGCAUUUCGCUAUCAAGGGGGAAUUCUGUAUCGUUGCUGUCGGCCCAUUAACCCAGGACAGGAGCUCUUGGUGUGGUUUGAAGAGGAGUAUGCCAAAGAACUCAGUCCUGCACCUACAGGAACAACCAGAGAGCAAGAAAUAAAGAACGUUCUGCUGCAAGUGUUUUCCUGCUCCACAUGUCCUCGUUCCUAUGCAUCUCAAAUUUACCUCGACAAACACGUACAGAGAUGCCAUUAUGAAGAGUAUGUGAGACUGCAGGAAUCAGGAAAGACCAAAUAUGAGCUUCAGAUCCCCUCCAAAUGCUCAAGUAGUCCGCCAACAUCAACUGAUACUCUCAGUUCUGACAUUUCUCACAAUGACAGACAGAAGGGAAUUCACCGCUGCUCAGACUGUGGAAAGAGUUUUGGUCAUCAGAAUGCACUCAAGACACACCAGUGCAGUCACAAAGGAGGAAAGCCAAAUUACUGCUCACAGUGUGGAAAGAGUUUUACUGAACAGAGUGCUCUCCAACGACACCAACACAUUAACACAGGAGAGAAGCCGUAUCACUGCUCACAGUGUGGAAAGAGUUUUACUCAUCGGAGUGUUCUCCAAACACACCAGCUCAUUCACACAGGAGAGAAGCCGUAUCGCUGCUCACAGUGUGGAAAGAGUUUUACUCGUCAGAGUGAUCUCCAAAAACACCAGCGCAUUCACACAGGAGAGAAGCCGUAUCAUUGCUCACAGUGUGGAAAGAAUUUUACUCAACAAAGUAACCUUCAAAUACACCAGCGUAUUCACACAGGAGAGAAACCAUAUCACUGCUCACAGUGUGGGAAGAGUUUUACUCUUCAGAGUCAUCUCCGAAAACACCAGCGCAUUCACACAGGAGAGAAGCCAUAUCACUGCUCACAGUGUGGAAUGAGUUUUACUCAAGAGAGUGCUUGCCAACGACACCAGCGCAUUCACACAGGAGAGAAGCCGUAUCACUGCUCACAGUGUGGAAAGAGUUUUACUCAGCAGGGUAAUCUUCAAAUACACCAGCGCAUUCACACAGGCGAGAAGCCGUAUCACUGCUCACAGUGUGGGAAGAGUUUUACUCAGCAGAGUAAUCUCCAAAUACACCAGCGCCUUCACACAGGAGAGAAGCCGUAUCACUGAUCACAGUCUGGAAAGACGUUUCCUACAUUUUUAAGACCUACAAGUGCACUAAGUCCGAGACAUUGCAUGAUUUAAAGUUGUCAAAUUAAAUAUGCUUAUCACUACA